AUAAUUAAUGAAGUGAAUAACUAUUAAUAACUAUCUGUCUGUUUGAGUGAGUGCAUGCAUAAUUAAUGAGUUCGUGCUAUACUGAACUGUCUGUCUGUUUGAGUGAGUGCAUGCAUAAUUAAUAUCCAAUAGCUAUUAAUGAGUGCAUGCAUAAUUAAUGAGUCCAAUAACUAUUAAUAACUGUCUGUCUGUUUGAAUGAGUGCAUAAUUAAUGAGUCCAGUAAACCUCAUGCAUAAUUAAUGAGCUCAAUAACUAUUAAUAACUGUCUGGUGCAAUGAAUACGGAUUUCCGUAAAUUUUUGGUAUACUUAAACCACGUGUAGUCCAAAAUGGCAGAAAGAGAGAACAAGGAGAUUCUUCCUUUUGAAAAGACUCCAGAGUCCCUCCUUUUAGGAGGUUCAGCAUCCGCUAAGAUAGUCCCACGGGAAGAGACCGUCACUCAACAGUUAGUUAGUCCAAGAUUAGUCCACAAGCAUUAUGAUCCACAUGACCUCGUCUCUCUAGCUGCACAGGUUCAGCAAGCUGAUGAAUUUGUGCAGGCUACAACUACUGGUAAACUGCAGGUGGUUGUUGAUCAAAUCCGCUAUUUACAAGAGCAGGCUCAUAAGAUAUUGUUGUCAGCUAAAAGAGAUGCUCAGCUCCAUCAUGCUGCUUGUAAUUUUGUAAAGGUACCAGGCAAAAUCUAUCAUCUGUACGAGAAGAAGAAUGGAACCUCCUAUUUCUCAAUGCUCUCCCCUGAAGAGUGGGGCGGAAACCCUCCUAAUACGUUUCUUGGUUCUUAUAAAUUGGAGUUUGAUCGUUCAUGGACUCCACUGGCCGAGAUCAAUGAGAGAGAAAAAGAUAUUGGCUCAAUUCAUAAAGCAAUAAUGUCCGCCAUGCCAUCUAGCGAUGAGCCUCAAUCCUGAGAAAAGAUUUUAUUUAUUUAUUUUAUUUCAAUAAAAAAUAACAAAUGGUGUGAUGAUAAAUAACGAUCGUGACUCCAUUACUAAUAAUAACAAUAAUAAUAAUAAUUUAAAUAAUAAUAAAUACGACAGAAAAUAAUGACAAUUUUAAAAUAA